CUGUGUGCAGGAAUGAAGAGCGCGCGACGGUCCUUCGGCUAUGGCGGAACCGGAGCUUGAUUAAACUCACUCAGGGGCUAACAGCUGGCAGUAUAACAGGCAAAAAAGGACAGGAAACAUACGAAAAAUGACUCCUCUCUAAAUACGGACGAGUCUUGUUCAUUUGUGCUUCUUGUAAAGUAGCCCAAAGUAAUCCAUCCUCUGUGAGAAAGCGCUGCUUCUACAGUGAGUGAGAAUGAGGCAGUAAGUCACUGAAGCUAAUGUCUGCUUGCGCCCUUCUUUUUUCCUUCUCGGGUAUAAUAACUAUAUGAAGCUUUGUUUCUGAAUUAAUUAGCUGUUAUAGUAUAUGAGUGUAUUCUCUAGGGUAAAUGUUACUACCUGAAACACUUAGUUUCCCCUUGGUAUUAGUUUUAUUAUUUAAUUCGUCGAGCACUUGGUCGGUUAUUUAGUCCGUAACUUAAUGUCUUCCUUCAGAGAGAGAGAGAGAGAGAGAGAGAGAGAGCUCUCCGUAUACGGCUCUCUCUCUCUGCUUUCACACUGACAUAAAUGGUCAUUCACAGGACGAGCUGAUCUGCUGAUCUGAGGUGGCAAAAACACUUUGCAAAGUGAUAUUUCGUUAAAUAUCUGUGAAUGACGCCCUACCUCAUUUCUUGCGUAAAUUACGGGAGGUGACAGAAGCUCCGUCUGCGUUGUGGCGAAGCUUCAUAACGGAUCCAGCUCCUCUGAAGUGUCUCUCAGCCGCUCAGCGCGCGCGUGUAUGUGUGAGUGUGUGUGUGUGUGUGUUUCUGGGCUGGAGUAAAAGAGAGUAUCUUUCACACUCAGGGACAGAGGGAGGGGAACGAGAAGCUUACGCUGAUGUCGGCAGGUGCCCUCCCCUCAUCAAAUUUCUACCACUGACAUGGUGACACUUGUUCAGAAGUCCGGGUUCGAGGCGGCUCGUGCACACACAGCGAGAGCAGCGCGGAUGCUCGCCGCUUGUAAGCAGGUGAAACGCAUCAGAAGAAAGACUUCGUUGUAGCCGGUGAGCUCUAAUAAAGACAAUCCCGCUGAUGACAAUUUGAGCAUUGUGACCGAAGCUCUACUCAAAGUUUCUUCAUUGCACAUCACUUUAUAUGCGCGCCUUGCCGGUGCCAAGCGCACGUGUCCAGCCGGCGCUGGCGAUGCAAUGCCGCGCGACCACGGCGGCGACGAAAGCACCUCUGGCCUCUGGAUGAAAGCGUCUCCGGGGCGCCGGGCCGAGAACUACGGCCUGAAGGAUGUGGAGGGCGGACGCAGGGCGAUGAGCAGCGCCGACAGUGCGAGGAGAGCCCGCGGCGCCCGUCUCAGUCUGCUCGGCAAGCCGCUGGCGUACGGGGCGCAGAGCGGCCGGCGGAACGCGCGCUACCGGAAGCUGCAGAACUACCUGUACAACGUGCUGGAGAGACCGCGCGCCUGGGCCUUCGUCUACCACGCGUUCGUCUUCAUCCUGGUGUUUGGCUGUCUGGUCCUGUCUGUGUUCUCCACCAUCCCGGAUCAUAUGGACCUCUCUAACCACUGCCUACUCAUACUGGAGUUUGUAAUGAUCGUUGUGUUUGGUCUGGAGUACAUUAUUCGCAUCUGGUCUGCUGGAUGCUGCUGUCGCUACAGAGGAUGGCAAGGGAGACUGCGCUUUGCCAGGAAGCCCUUCUGUGUCAUAGACAUCAUUGUGCUUAUUGCGUCCAUUGCUGUUGUAUCAGCUGGCAGCCAGGGAAACAUUUUUGCCGCGUCUGCACUGCGCAGCCUUCGCUUCUUACAGAUCCUGCGGAUGGUGCGCAUGGACCGACGAGGGGGUACCUGGAAACUGCUGGGAUCUGUAGUCUAUGCCCACAGCAAGGAGCUGGCAACUGCCUGGUACAUUGGGUUUCUCGUACUGAUCUUCUCUUCGUUCCUGGUUUACUUGGUGGAGAAAGAUUUAAACAAGCAGUUUACCACCUAUGCUGAUGCACUUUGGUGGGGGACUAUCACUCUUACUACCAUUGGCUAUGGGGAUAAGACGCCUCAGACCUGGCCAGGGCGACUCCUGUCAGCAGGUUUUGCUUUGCUGGGGAUCUCCUUCUUUGCCCUGCCUGCGGGGAUUCUAGGCUCGGGCUUUGCUCUGAAGGUGCAGGAGCAGCACAGACAGAAACACUUUGAAAAGAGGAGAAACCCAGCUGCCAGUCUUAUACAGUGUGUUUGGCGUAGUUAUGCGGCUGAUGAGAACUCGGUUUCCAUUGCUACCUGGAAGCCUCAUUUGAAGGCAUUGCAUACCUGCAGCCCUACAAAGAAAGACCAGGGCGAAUCCACCACCAGUAAGGUUCAUAGUAAUAGACAGAAGCUCUUCAGGAAGUAUACCACAAGGAAUUAUAGUCAAAAACUGAGCUUUAAGGAACGGGUACGCAUGGCCAGUCCUCGUGGUCAGAGCAUUAAGAGCAGGCAGACAUCACUGAAUGAUAGACGCUCUCCUGUGACUGAGGUAGCCACAGAGGGGAGCAGUCCAGCCAAGGUACAAAAGAGCUGGAGUUUCAAUGACCGAACACGUUUCCGACCCUCGCUCAGACUCAAGAGCCAAUCACGCACUAUGGCCGAAGCUGACAGUUUGGGAGGAGAGGAAUGUUUUGAUGAGAAAGGCUGUCACUGUGAUGUCACUGUGGAGGAUCUGUCUGCUCCUCUGAAGACAGUCAUCAGAGCUGUCAGAAUAAUGAAGUUCCACGUGGCCAAGAAGAAGUUCAAGGAGACUCUGCGGCCAUAUGAUGUGAAAGAUGUGAUUGAACAGUACUCAGCCGGGCACUUGGACAUGCUGUGUCGCAUCAAGAGUCUCCAGACUAGGUUGGAUACAAUAGUGGGUCCACCACAGACCCUGAGCAGCAAAGCCAAGACUUUUUCCUCUCCCUCCCUGCACUCGUAUUACAGCCAAGCCAAGAGGAAGCACUCGGCCCCAGGACUUGUCACAGGCUUGUGUCCACAGCAGAGCCUCAACAGCAAAGCCAGGAACCUGUCCUCUCCUACUCUGCACUUGUUUUACAGUCAAACCAAGAAGAAACACACCAGCUCAGGGGUGGACCAGAUCUUGGGAAAAGGGCAGAUACCCAUGGACAGGAAGAUAAGGGACAGGAUCCUUCCAGAGGGCGAGUCUCUGGAGCAUGACAUGAGCAUGCUGGGCCGUGUGUGUAAGGUAGAGAGACAGGUGCAGUCCAUUGAGUCGAAGUUGGACUCCUUGUUGGAUAUCUACCGUCAAGUUCUCCAGAAAGGCUCUUCCUCAGUACUGGGCCUAUCAGCUCUUCCUCUGUUUGAGCUGGAGCACACCUCAGACUACCACAGCUCCAUUCAGAGCAAAGAUAUCUCCUCCACUCAGCUGAGCAGAAGUGGGAUUUCCCGCUCAGUCAGCGAUAACCUGCCCUGUGGCCUUCAGCUUGUCCUGGCACCCAGUGAGCUCAACGUGGGCACUGGCUUCCCAGCAUCCUCUUCCUCUUUCUCCCCAUCUCCACUGCUUCAGAAUGCACCAUCUAGCCCAGACAGUGUGUACCCAGCUUCCCCUCCUCCCAUCCUCACUCCCAACAACCUCUCCAGAGCUCAUUCCAACUUUCCUGAGCUGACCAGACCUCUUCCUAUGACCACCCCCAACACACACACACUCCAGCUGCCCACUGUGGCUCCACUGCCUCCAAGCAGGCCUUCCAGCAUGAUCUCAGAGACCCUGCAAGAAAGCAGUCCCAAUGCUUGCCUGCUUAACACCCAGACUGAAGCUGUUUCGGACACAGAGGCUAAAUGUUCAGAGAGCACAGUGCAGCUCAGGAGCAGGCAUGAGCGGAGCCCCAAGGAGGAGGGCUCCUGGAGGAGACACUUGAGUCUCGAAAUUAAUCCACUGAGCCUCACAUCUUCGGCAGCAGACAACUCGCUGCAGGCUGAUCGGGCAUUGGGGAAGUCACUCUCUGCACAGAACCUCAUGCUGCCAUCAGGCACAGAGUGCCACCCCAACCUGUCUGCUCGGAGUAGCGGCAGCAGCAACAACGAGUCCAAUGACCGGGAGAUGCUGACAGACUGGGGAGAAACAGAACUCUUCAUCACUGACAAAGAGCUGGCCACCAGCAAGGGGAACUUCAACCUGCUCUCUCAGCAGAGCACAGAUGCCAGCUUCUCAACAGAGCUUGUACAAAUGGUAGCCAGUGGACCAACUCAGAGCCAGACAAGGCCCUCGGGCAGCUCAGAGUCUCUAAGCCUGCCUCACGUCCUUUUAAAGUAACACCAACACACACAGCAGCCUCAGCGUGGAGACUGGACACACGCUGUAAUCCCUUAUUCACUUUUUCCAAAGGAAAGAGGGUGGCAGCUUCACUUCUAGCCUUUUCUAAGUUUCAGCAUCAGUUGGUUAAAAAGAUGUGAUGUUCUCAUAACUUUAUGUUCUUACAUGCCAUUGCAUGGAUAAUUUUGUCAUGAUGGGAAUUUUAAUGAAGUAGAAGGUAUUUAGCAUUACAAGAUGACAUGAAGGAUUAUGGUACUGAAUGAGCUCUGAUCUCAGUCUUGCAUGUGCACUUGCAUGUUUAAAAUGCAACCACACAUAGGAUUGAGAGUAUUUAUGCAUUUAAGGUUAUUAACAGCCUACUCAGUCUUAGAAUUCAUAUUUGAGUCUCCUUUUUUAUACUGUGCUUUAUUCAGAAAUGUAUGUCUUACUCAAGUCAAAUGUUUCACCAGUAAAAUAAAUCAAGCAUAAGCACCAUGCAUAUUUGUCCAAAAAAUAGUUUUAACAGGUUCAAAUAACCAGGGUUAAUUUUCUUUUAUGUGACUGCCUAGAAACCUGCAUCAAUACCAUCAACACUGACUUCUUUAGAUUUUUAUACGUUUUUAUUGUGUAGCCUCACAUAUUACAUAAUUUAUCUCACAUUUGUAUUCUGUUUUAUUCUGUAGCCCACCGCAGUCUUAAAGUCAAUCUAAAAAGCUGCUUACCAUUCUUCUAUUAGCUGGUUAUCAGUAUAAAUUCAAUAAGAAUGUAACACAUAUAUGAUGUCAAUAUCAGUUUGUAUAUCAUGAGACAAGCCUACUUGUGUUGAAGGAUUUCUGGAGCUGUGCAAAGCCUCUGGUACACACUGAGGAUGAUCUUGGCACUGUAGCUUACAACAGUUGGAAGCACAAUUGUUCAAAGAAUUACAAGAAACCUGCAAAUGUGAUGAAAGGUUUUUACAUAAUUCAUAUUUGUAAUCCAGAUAUAUGGACUUGAUGGUACAUUAGACUCUGUUGAUUUGUGUUUCAUUGAUUCACUAUAGAAUACAUAUAUUUGAGUUGCAGAAAAAUAAUGUAGAUUAAUGUUAAUAAAUAACACAUUUUAGUUUAUUUUAAUUUGUAUCUAAAUGCUUCAUUGUGCCUUUUUGCAUAGUUCUUUGGUGUUACCUGUCCUAAUUCUCUUUAUACACGUCCUUUGGGAAUUUGUUAAGAGUUUAGGUUGGGAUAAUUAGACAUUUCUGUCUGAUUGUGUACUAAGCCUUUGUCAUUUUUUGUGUUUGUUUGUUUGUUUGUUUUGCCACUAAUUCAGUAAUUUAUUACACAAAACUGGCCUUAAUAUACAUGCUUGAUAAUGUUACCAUUCUGUCAUGCUGAUUAAUUUAUUUUUAACUAUGUGCACAUAGCAGAGCUGAAGCUCUGGGUUUGAAGAAAAAAAAUGAAAAAAUAAACUUUAUCAUACUUCAAUAAAGAAAUGACUUGAACUCACAGAGAGCAGUUGUGUUUAGUUGUGUUUUU